AUGAAUCCGCUUGCUUUCACCGGCCCAUUUGGGUUCCUCCUAUCUCUAUUAUUAAUUUGGAAUACGAUUCUUCCAGCUGAUGCAAGCAAGAUAUCAAUCUCUCAGACUCAAGCUCCUUGGGCACCCACAACCGUUUUAGUUAUCUCUCGCAAAAACAUAUCGGCCGAUUGCACAAUUCGGCCUUCAGUCACCAUCAAUGGCACCUUUCCUGGACCCGAACUUCGAUUCAAGGCCGGCCAGAAACUUUGGAUCAGGGUGAUCAAUGAGCUCGAAGACGAAACCACAACGAUACACUUUCACGGUUUGGCCCAGUUUGGCUCACCCUUUGCUGAUGGCACAGUCAAGAUCUCACAGUUCCCCAUCCCCCCUAAAGGUGGUUAUUUUGAUUAUGAGUUUCAAUUACCGGAUGAUUCAGCAGGCACAUACAUUUAUCACACCCAUCACAGAUUCCAAGCAAUAACCGGAUAUGGUUCCUUUGUAAUCGAAGAGAAUGGCCCAUCGCCUCCGUAUAAGUAUGCCGGGGAGCGCACCCUGAUCUUUAGCGAUUACUACCAUGCCACUGAUAGUAAGAUUAUCUCCGGUCUGGCUUCCACCCCAAUCAAGUUUCUUGGGGAGCCCCAGAGUCUUGUUGUCAAUGGACAAGCCUUGGGAUCCUGCAAUUCCUCUAGUCUCUUCGGAUGCACCAAGAACUGUGGCCCUCAUGUCUUACACGUGAAACCUGGCAAAACUUAUCGGGUCCGAACUAUCGGUAUGAGCGCCCUCACAUUCCUUUACUUCGCGAUCGAAUCCCACUCGAAAUUCAAAAUAAUUGAGGUCGAUGGAGGAUACAUCAAGCCAACAAGCACGCCUUACAUCGAAAUUGGAUCGGGGCAGCGCUAUUCCUUCCUUCUCAAAACUAAGACGCUGAAACAACUUCGAAGGGAAGGUGGUCAGCACGAAUUUUACGGGAGGGUUGAGAGCCGAUGGCGAGAAAAACGCGACAUGGGAUCCUUUAUAUUAAGAUACGACCUCAGUUCAUCUGCAUCCAAGUCAACCAAUGGCAUCGACAAGUCCGGAUCGGCACUCUCAUCGAUUCAAAAAAACUAUUCGCGCACCUUGAUCACCAAUCCAACUGAUCUAGACAAGAUUGUACCGCUACCAAACGAAGACAUUGAGUGGGUAGGAAGUCGCUUUCGGCCCUUGAGUUUGAAGAAGGACGCCCCAACUGCCGCGCAGGUGAAUCGCAGGAUAUUCAUAUCCAGUCAGCAGAGAAAAGCAGCCGAUGGAUCCGUGAACUGGUUUGUGAAUAACUCGACCUAUGUCGAAAAUAAGCGCAAGUUACCAGUCUUAGUUCAGGCUUAUACCGAUGGACUGAGGCCUGACUACGAAGCAGCUUCAAAAAAUAAUGGCUAUGACUCGAAAUUGGAUGCUUAUCCCGUCAAAUUGGGAGAAGUCAUUGAAUUUGUAAUCGUCAACAUCGCUUCAACUGUCAACGUUUCAGAAGCACAUCCCUGGCAUCUACACGGACAAAAGUUUUAUGUGAUUGGUCAAGGAUAUGGAGAAUUCAACGAGGAAAGUUACGAGAAAAUCAACAAGGAUGACCACCGGAGAAACAAGAGGUCAAUCGAGCGGGAUACCCAGGUCGUUUUUGCUGGAAAGAACGGGAAAUACUUCAAAGGUCCAAUGCCAAGCGGAUCGCAUGUUGGAUGGCUAGUCAUUAGACUCGUUGCCAAGACGCCUGGAGCCUUUCUCAUACAUUGCCAUCUCCAGGUCCAUGCAAUUAUGGGUAUGACCAUGGUUAUGUUGGUUGGGAUCGAAAACCUUCCCCCACUACCAAAAGGCUUUCUCAAGUCAUACACAUCCCCACAUGGACUCAGGGUUAAAGAACCUCUCUCAUACUUUGAUACAGUAAAAAAAAUACAAAAUUAA